AUGGCCGCGGAAGAGGUGCUGCAGACGGUGGACCAUUACAAGGCGGAGAUAGAGCGGCUGACCAAGGAGCUCACGGAGACGACCCACGAGAAGAUCCAGGCUGCCGAGUACGGGCUGGUGGUGCUGGAGGAGAAGCUGACCCUCAAGCAGCAGUAUGACGAGCUGGAGGCCGAGUACGACAGCCUCAAGCAGGAGCUGGAGCAGCUGAAGGAGGCCUUUGGGCAGUCCUACUCCAUCCACCGGAAAGUUGCUGAGGAUGGAGAGACUCGGGAGGAGACGCUGCUGCAGGAGUCGGCCUCGAAGGAAGCGUACUACCUGGGGAAGAUCUUGGAGAUGCAGAACGAGCUGAAGCAGAGCCGGGCUGUGGUCACUAACAUUCAGGCAGAGAACGAGAGGCUGACAGCCGUGGUGCAGGACCUGAAGGAGAACAAUGAAAUGGUGGAGCUGCAGAGAAUACGGAUGAAGGAUGAAAUUCGAGAAUAUAAAUUCCGAGAGGCUCGGCUCCUUCAGGACUACACUGAACUGGAAGAAGAAAAUAUCACAUUGCAGAAGCUUGUGUCCACGUUAAAACAGAACCAGGUUGAAUACGAAGGCUUAAAGCACGAGAUUAAGCGGUUUGAGGAGGAGACGGUGCUGCUGAACAGCCAGCUGGAGGACGCCAUCCGGUUGAAAGAGAUCUCCGAGCACCAACUGGAGGAAGCCCUGGAGACCCUGAAAAACGAAAGGGAGCAAAAGAACAACCUGCGGAAGGAGCUGUCCCAGUACAUCACCCUCAACGACAACCACCUCAGCAUCUCCGUGGACGGACUCAAGUUUGCGGAGGACGGGAGCGAGCCGAACAAUGACGACAAAAUGAACGGGCACAUCCACGGGCCUCUGGUGAAACUGAACGGAGACUAUCGGACUCCCACUUUGAGGAAAGGAGAGUCCCUGCACCCGGUGUCUGACUUAUUCAGUGAGCUGAACAUUUCAGAAAUACAGAAAUUGAAGCAGCAGCUUAUGCAGGUAGAGCGGGAAAAGGCCAUUCUUCUGGCCAAUCUCCAGGAGUCACAGACGCAGCUGGAGCACACCAAGGGAGCAUUGACAGAGCAGCACGAACGGGUGCACCGGCUCACGGAGCACGUCAAUGCCAUGAGGGGCCUACAGAGCAGCAAGGAGCUCAAGACUGAGCUGGAUGGGGAGAAGGGCCGGGUCUCAGAGGAAGAGGCACAUGACUAUGAGGUGGACAUCAAUGGCUUAGAGAUCCUGGAGUGCAAAUACAGGGUGGCAGUGACCGAGGUGAUCGAUUUGAAAGCUGAAAUUAAAGCCUUAAAGGAGAAAUACAAUAAAUCUGUAGAAAACUAUACUGAAGAAAAGACCAAGUAUGAGAGUAAGAUCCAAAUGUAUGAUGAGCAGGUGACAAGCCUUGAGAAGACCACCAAGGAGAGUGGAGAAAAGAUGGCCCACAUGGAGAAGGAGUUGCAAAAGAUGACCAGCAUAGCCAACGAAAAUCACAACACCCUUAACACAGCCCAGGAUGAGUUGGUGACCUUUAGUGAGGAGCUAGCUCAGCUUUACCACCAUGUUUGUCUGUGUAACAAUGAAACCCCCAACAGGGUCAUGCUGGACUACUAUAGGCAAAGCCGAGUUACUCGUAGUGGCAGCCUAAAAGGGCCCGAUGAUCCCAGGGGACUGUUGUCUCCACGGUUAGCCAGGCGGGGUGUGUCAUCCCCAGUAGAAUCAAGGACCUCCUCUGAACCGAUUACAAAAGAAAACACAGAGGCCAGCAAAGAACCAAGCCCAACCAAGACCCCCACCAUCUCUCCCGUAAUUACUGCCCCGCCGUCAUCUCCAGUAUUAGACACAAGUGACAUCCGCAAAGAGCCAAUGAAUAUCUACAACCUUAAUGCCAUUAUCCGGGACCAAAUCAAGCAUCUGCAGAAAGCCGUGGACCGGUCCUUGCAGCUGUCUCGUCAGAGAGCAGCAGCGCGGGAGCUGGCCCCCAUGAUCGAUAAAGACAAGGAAGCCUUAAUGGAGGAGAUCCUCAAGCUCAAGUCCCUGCUGAGCACCAAACGGGAGCAGAUCGCCACCCUGAGGGCCGUGUUGAAAGCCAACAAGCAGACAGCUGAGGUGGCACUAGCUAAUCUCAAGAACAAAUAUGAAAAUGAGAAAGCGAUGGUGACUGAGACGAUGACAAAACUUAGAAAUGAACUGAAGGCUCUGAAAGAAGAUGCAGCAACUUUCUCAUCCCUGAGAGCAAUGUUUGCAACAAGAUGUGAUGAGUAUGUCACCCAGUUGGAUGAGAUGCAGAGACAGUUAGCAGCCGCAGAGGACGAGAAGAAGACUCUAAAUACUUUGUUACGAAUGGCUAUCCAGCAAAAACUCGCCCUGACCCAGCGGCUGGAGGACUUAGAAUUUGACCAUGAGCAGUCGAGACGCAGCAAAGGCAAAUUUGGAAAGAGCAAGAUCGGCAGCCCUAAAUCCUGA